AGACCGGAUCCGGUGUGCAGAACAUACAUCUCCCAAUUAAUUAUAAGCGGACCCGAGCAUUUCUCUUAGCAACUCAUCCUCCUGCGUGAGUUUGGAUCAGCUGCUAAUUGGUUUUCUCUUUUUUUCUCUCUGAAGGUUUUGUUGAGACUAAAGCCAAGAGAAAAACUGUGGACCUGCAGAGGAAGUAUUUCAGAAUUGUGGGAUUUUAAUGAAUUGAACAUCUUUUUUUUUAAGCAUUCAGCUCUGCACUUAUAGCUGGAAAAUAAUAAACGAAACAACGAAGGAAACAGUUCUUCAUUAAGUUAAAGUUUUGUCAGAUUUUCUCGCCAGCAAACCCGACGCGUUUCAAACAUCUCCAGCUGUGGAACAAAGCACAGGUUGUGAAAUUACAGAAGAAAUGUGAAGACAAAUGUGCUCUUUUUCCCCUCUUUGACGCACCGAGUCAGAUCUCUGCUCCUCAUUCUUACAGGUCAGAUGUGUGUGUGGAUGUAAAACGCUGCUGUUAGCUGAGCGUUAUAGGUUUGGUAAAACCUCUCCUAGCUGAAACUCGACCCUCCUACCCGUCACCUCCGCCUGCAAACCGGGGCGCCCCGAGCUGGAAGUGCCGCAGGGGACGCCAUGGGACGAUCUGAAUACUAAUGUGAUGGGCUGUUGAUGGAGAGGAUUUCGAAUGUCAGCCGGGACAGUGGUCAUCGCAGGAGGAAUUCUGGCUACAGUCAUCUUACUAACCAUCGUCGCUGUACUGUGUUUAUGUAGGUUACAGUAUUACUGCUGUAAGAGGGAGGAGUCUGAGAAGGGGGAAGAGGAGGAAGCAGAUCUCUCCACCAUGUCGCCAUUCCACCCCCUGGCUCUGUCUGCUCCCCCUACGCCUCCAACGCCAGAGCGCUAUGGUGAUGACCCAGAGGCCUACCCUCCCACAUUCCUCACUGAGGCCAACGGGCCUGCCAGCUACUCCCCCACACCACCGCCGCGCAGGUGUCAACGCUCACACCCUAUCUGCCCGUCCUGCGCUCGCUGCUCACUGCCCUUCUACCUGCAGCACCCAGAGAGGCUGUGCAACGGCGGCCGCAGGAUCAGCUACAGGACUGUGCAGCAGCAGGACCUGGAACUGCCCAUGGACCUGGCCAGCUUCUACCAGAAGCUCAACCUUAUCCGCUCUGUCACCAUGAGGGAGGUGGUCACCCACAGCGUCAGCACCGACGUCUAGGAGAACAGGCCGAGCGGAGACAGCUCUGCCCUGCUGGCCAGGAGGAAAGGUUGAUCAAUACAAACUGCACUGACUCUGUGUUGCAAACACACCAAAUGAACAUGUUAUAUAAAUGUUGUGCUGUGGGUGCAGCAUUGAUACUGUGCUGGACUGAUAUACUAUCUAUCUCCCUUCAGCCAUAUUGGAGAUCUACAGGUCUGGAGCAACUGCUAACAGCCGCUGAUAUUUCUAAAGCUUAAACAUUUGUUUCUGACAGAGCUGAACAGACAAACUGCUCAUUUUGUGACCAAUAUGUCUGAUUUUUAUGUUUAGAAAAUGAGCUUGUUUGCUAAUUAGCCAGUUAUGUAGCUAACCAAUAUAUGCUGUAUGUAUCAACUUAUAAACAAGAAAAAUUACAAUUUGAGCUUUUGUCAGUUAAUUAACACAGAUUUUGUUUGAAUGCACCACACACAAGACAGAAAUGGAGGAAUAAAGAAAAAAAAGUCCAGUGCAAAUAUAACAUUUCCUAAUUGAGGCUGGAGUCUAGUCACACAGUCUGGAUGAGUCUGAUCUGAUUGUCACCAAAUCCCAUGUGCGGAUAAAACCAGCAAUGAAUGCAUCUACUAACAAGUGUAUCAACACCUGAUAAAUCAUCUUCCUGUUUGCCAUAGAGCUGCGCCAAAAAACUAUUAAAACACAUCAGUGAGCCACACGGUUGCACUGGGUGACAUGUUCCUACACAAAUGUGGAUUAAUAUAGUAACAUUUGGUAAAAUCAGCAUUGGCCAGCGGUUUUAGGAAAUUACUGAGCUUUUUAAAAAUUAAACUAUAUAUUAUAUAUCUGUGAAGAUGCUCAGUCAUCCAGGUCUUAGUUAUCCAAGGGGGGGUUAAAGCAAGAACUGAAGAAGCCUCUUGGAGUAUCUUCAAUCAAGAUCAUUUGCCUUUGAUUUAACCUUCCUUGGAUAUAUACUAUAUAUUUGUCAGUUGUUUUGAAAUAUUUGAGUCGUCAAUGGGGACCUUGGCCUGGAGAGCCACAGACAGGAAGUCAGAAAGUUCUGAGAGACGAUCUAACACAUAUUGGUUUUAGUCUUUUCAUGGGAUUUGCUAGUAAGAAAAAAAUGUAGAACAACACUUAUCCUUUAAGCUCCAAAUCAAGAGCGUUUUGGAAAAGGAACAAAGCUAAAGACAAGUCUGUUUCCAUGAGACCAGUUUAUCUGACUGUCAGUGACUUCACUUCCGGUCACAAAGAGCUAUUUCAAUUUAGAAAUCCAGUUCUGAACAUAUAGUAUAUAUGUGUACUUUUACAGCAUACUUGACUUUGACUCAGUCAUGCAGUGGAAAACAAGUGUUCAAAUAAAGAAGAUGUUUUUUGUGUUUGUUAGUGUAGCACCAACUGUACAGUGCCCAAUAACUGUUACGUUUCACUUUUUUUUUCACAGUGGAAUUCCUUCAUUUAACACCUAAAAAGAGCCAAAUCGUAUCUUUAAAUACUUUAUUUUGGUUUAUUCUAUUUAGACUGAAGCUCCUGCACAGCAUGGUGAAGCUGUGUUAUUUUUUUUAAUAUCAAUUCAAUUCCUCUGUCAUUGGGAAAGAAAUGUAAUUGGUGUGCAUGAAUUAUUCAUUCUAGAUCAGAAAUUACAAAUUUGUGCACAACAUAAACAUUUCAAAAACCAAUUCAUACACAUGAAUGAUCAAUUUAAGUGCACAAAGAAAAAUUUUUUGUGCCGUUUCCAACAACAAUAGCUCUGUUGCAUAUUUUAUUUUUAACCAGAUAAAAUCGAAUUAGUGGUGUUAAGAACUGAACCAAGACAUGACUAUUAUAACUAUCAUCACUGAGACAGGAUUUUUUUUUUUUUGAUGAAGAAUUAAAUAGAUAUCAUUCAUAAUUUUCAUUUUAUAUUUACAAUUUUAUCCUUGGUUUACAAAAAAAAGAAGAAGAAAAACUGUAAUGGCUUCUUGUGCAGACAUUACACUGAGCUUCUGUCUGACUAGUGUGUAAGUUCACUUAUGUAGCUUUGUCAGCACGAGGUUAUGUUUUUUGUAUGUAUCUGAUUAUAACUCAGACAGUGAAGAGCAGCUGGUGAUACCCUCAGUGUGAGAGUGUUUCAGUGUGUGAACUCAUGUUUGUCUGCAGAGCACCGCGGUGCAGAAAACAAAUCACACUUUAAAGGGCUUUUCUGAAGCAUUCAAUGAUCCAAUGACUGUUAUUACUGGAAGACAUGUAUUUCCUGUGAAAGGCAUCCUACUGUAGAUAGAUACUGUGCUGUAAGAGUUUUUCCUCAAACAUACAGUGUUGAGAAUUUAAGAAACGAUAUUUAGGUAUUUCUUAAUAGUACAUUAUAUGAGUGUUUGGUAUUUACAAACUUCACUUCACAUCAUUUACAAAAACAGGAACAACUCCAGGAGCUGCAGAUAACUUUUUUUCCUGUAUCCCAAAACAUUCAGAUGGAAUGAAACGAUUCAUUUGGAGAAAACUUACACUGUUAUGUAAGAACAACACGAUAAAAUAGUAUGCUGCUAAAAAAUGAGCUCAUGGGCUCACUCAGAAAA